CGUCAUAGGCGCGCGCCGCUUCCCUGCUGCUUUUGAGUUGGGAGAGGAAAAACAAGGGGGAAAGAGUCGCCUCCGGCCGGGCCACGUGGUUUUCUACCUGCAGAAGCCCUGCUGUGUUGUACAGAUGAAGCGAAAAUCCAAAUUGCACCAAGGAGAAAGGAGAGAUGAUCUGGGCUUUGCCUCUCUGCCAAUCUGCAGAUACCGGAAGAAAUUAGUUGAGGCCGUUCGAGAUAACUCAUUUAUUGUAGUGACAGGCGAAACAGGCAGUGGUAAAACCACCCAGCUUCCAAAAUACUUAUUUGAAGAAGGUUUCGCCAAGCACGGGGUGAUUGGCGUGACACAACCGCGGCGAGUGGCUGCCACGUCUGUGGCUCAGAGGGUGGCGGAGGAGAUGGACUGCCCUUUAGGGAGCAUCGUGGGGUAUCAGGUUCGCUUUGAUGAAUGUGUCUCGGAGGAUACUUCCAUCCGAUACAUGACAGACGGCUGCUUCUUGCGGCAGAUACUGGCAGAUCCACACCUCACCAAAUACAGCAUCGUCAUUCUUGACGAAGCUCACGAGCGGAGUCUGAGCACGGAUAUCCUGUUUGGCCUGCUGAAGCAAAUGUUUCAAGGGAAGAAGCCGCCGGAGAGAAAAAGGCCCUUGAAAGUGGUGGUGAUGUCGGCCACUCUGGACACAGACAAGUUCUCCGAAUUCUUCAAUCACUGCCCGGUGGUGGACAUUCCUGGAAGGAACUAUCCGGUGGAGGAGAGGUUCUGUGGUCUUGUAGGCCCAAGGGAUGCUGACGGCUCUGCGUAUGUUACAGAGACUGUAAAAGUCACCUUGGAUAUCCACUUGAGCGGCUCAGCCGGAGACAUCCUGGUUUUUCUAACAGGCCAGUCCGAGAUUGAGAAAACCUGCAAGUUGCUUUUCCAAAAGGCAGAGUCUAUUGAUUACCAAUUCGAUGUAAGGGAUCGCUCUGUUGAAGGCUUGCUCAUAUUGCCAUUAUAUGGCUCCAUGCCAACAGAUCAACAAAGGAGAAUAUUCCUCCCUCCUCCUCCAGGAAUCCGAAAGUGUGUGGUGGCCACAAAUAUUGCCGCAACUUCUCUGACAAUUGAUGGAAUCAGGUACGUGGUGGACAGCGGGUUUGUGAAGCAGUUAAACCACAACCCGAGAGUGGGCUUGGACACGCUGGAGGUUGUCCCCAUUUCCAAGAGCGAAGCAUUGCAGCGAGCUGGCCGAGCUGGACGGACAUCUUCUGGGAGGUGCUACCGGGUAUACAGCAAGGAAUUCUGGGAGCAGUGUAUGCCUGACCACAUGGUUCCAGAGAUCAGGCGAACCAGCUUGACGUCUGUCAUCCUGACCUUGAAGUGCCUUGCUAUCCACGAUGUCAUCAGGUUUCCUUAUUUGGAUCGCCCGGAAGAGAGACGUAUUCUGGAAGCUCUCAAGGAGCUUUAUCAAUGCGGCGCUAUUGACCGGAGAGGCUACGUGACCAAACUGGGGGAGUUCAUGGUGCGGUUCCCUCUGCCUCCGAACCUGACUUGUGCUGUCAUAAAGGCUGCCUCUCUAGGCUGCGAAGACUUGAUGCUUCCAAUCGCAGCCAUGCUGUCAGUGGAAAAAGUGUUCAUUCGACCAGGUGACCCUGAGGCUCAGAAAGAAGCUGAGCUCCGACACCAAGAGCUGUCUUUGCAAGCGGGAGGAAGCAACGACUUUGCGACUCUCCUGAAUGUCUUUGAACAGUGCAAAGCAAGCAAGUCCCCGUCUGCUUGGUGCCGGGAUAACUGGGUCCACUGGAGAGCACUGAAGAUGGCGUUCAGUGUGGAAGGGCAGCUCUGGGAGAUCACCAGCAAGCUGAAGCAGCUGCCAGACUUUCCAAGAGAGCAUUUUGACGGCUCCAGGAAUGAAAUCCUGAGAAGAUGUCUCUGCGCAGGUUAUUUUGCCAAUAUUGCCAGGAGAUCCAUAGGCAAGUCGUUCUGUACCAUGGACGGCCACGGGAGCACCGUCUACAUUCACCCUUCGUCCGCCCUCCGUGAUCAGGAAGCCCAGCUGGAAUGGAUCCUCUUCCAUGAUGUCCUCGUGACCUCCAAGGUUUACGUCAGGAUGGUGUGUCCGGUCCGCUACGAGUGGGUUCAGGACCUGCUGCCCCGGCUGCACAAGAUCGACGCUUAUGAGCUGAGCAGCAUGGCCCGGGAGGAGGUGACGGAGGAGGAAAUGGCCAAAUGGAGGAACAAGGAGGACCUUGAGAAGCAGAAUGAAAAAGUGACAGACAAGUCUGCAAAGAACAUGGAGAAGAGGAAUGAUAACCAAUCCAUAAGUGAUGCCCGGGCACGGUUCUUAGAAAGGAAGCAGCAGAGAAUGCAGGAAUUAAAUACCUCUUCCAAGGAAACUUGAACCGGCAGCACUCCUCCAUCCCUGCCACCCACAAUGUACACUUGUUUUACCUGAAUUUACACAGCUAGAGCUGGGGGAAUGGAGAUUGUGGGAAGGAAGGACCCAGGGGAGCCCAAGCUGUCACCUGAUACCUCGGGUGGGUGGAGCUACAUCACUGUGUAUAUAAGGACCAGCUGCAAAGGGACAGCUCUAGUUAGAGAGUCCCAGUGGGUUUCCUUGGAGGCUGAGAGGAUGCCAUGUCUGCUCGUAGCUCAGAAAUACUUGCAAACGCCUGCAAGCGUGCUGUGGUGGUUGCCGUGUCAUGGGCGAGACCCCUCUGAAGGUGUUGAGGCCAAAUCAGUUAUCUUUUAAGGAGGCAACUACAUUACAAGCUACACUUCAAACAAGCCCCCGACUUCUCUUGUCUCUCCUACACCACACACAAACCUUCCUCUCUCAUACAGAGACUCUCACACUUCCCUCUCUCAUAUGCCCUCCUCCUCUUUGUCUCUUUUGCAAGGACUUUUCCCCUGCAAAAGCUGCUUUACAGUUUUCCAUGUCAAAAUGGAUCAAACUGUUGGCGUUGUUUUGCGAUCAGAAGAGAAAGCCACUUGACAAAACCCUGGCGGGGAGCCACCUUUUAAAAACGAGUGCAUUAAAAAUAUUUAUGGUUCUUACCUAUGCUGCUUCCAAGCACUGUUCAUCUAUUGGUAUUUGGCUUGGAAAGUGGCCUAUGACAUUGCAACCUUUUCCUAAAAACGCACACUCACAUUGGGUGAACUGUUCAAGCAAGAAGUUAUAAAGCUUUUAUUAAGCCUUUUAAAGAAUAUAUUCAUUGCGAUAUUGUAUAUACUGGUGUAUGUAUGUAUUCUUGGUUGUAAAAUAUCCACCCCUUUUGUUGAGUAAGAAAUGUUUUUUGUACCUUUGUUAUAAAGCUCUGACAGCUUAAAUUGA